AGCCCACGUCAAAGGCUCCGCCGGGUCCUCUGUGACCGUCACCCCUCCCGCCCAGCCUGACUCCCCACAGCGGCCGCUCCCCCGGCCCAAGCCACCUCUCCGGCCCAGAGGCCGCCUCCCCGGUGCGGGAUGAACAGAUCCGCGGCCUCCGCGGGGCCCCAUGGAGGAGCAUCCGCGGCCGCCGCCGGCCCGCCCACCAGUGAGCAUGGCCUUGCCGGGCGUCCCACAUCCCGGCGCCCCCUCCGCGGCCGGCUCGCCUGGCGGGACUUCCUCCGCGGCGACAUUGGCCGUGCUCUCCUUCAGCACCGUGGCGACCGCAGCGGCCGCGGCGCUGGGGAACCAGAGCGACGCCAGCGGGGGAGGCAGUGCUGCCGCUCCAGGUGGCGGCGGCGGCGGAGGCAGGCCCGGGGCGGCGGGGGCGGUGCUGGGCCCAGAGGCGGCGCCGGUGCUAUCGCACGGGGCAGCGGUGGCAGCUCAGGCGCUCGUCCUGCUGCUCAUCUUCCUGCUAUCUAGCCUGGGCAACUGCGCGGUGAUGGGGGUGAUCGUGAAGCACCGGCAGCUUCGCACCGUCACCAAUGCCUUCAUUUUGUCGCUGUCCCUGUCGGAUCUGCUCACGGCGCUCCUCUGCCUGCCCGCUGCCUUCCUGGACCUCUUCAUUCCCCACGGAGGUUCGGCGCCCGAAGUCGCCGCGGGGCCUUGGCGCGGCUUCUGCGCAGCGAGUCGCUUCUUCAGCUCGUGUUUCGGCAUCGUGUCCACUUUCAGCGUCGCCCUCAUUUCGCUGGACCGCUACUGCGCCAUCGUGCGGCCGCCCCGGGAGAAGAUCGGCCGGCGCCGCGCCCUGCAGCUCCUGGCGGGCGCUUGGCUGGUGGCGCUAGGCUUUUCCUUGCCCUGGGAACUGUUUGGGGGAUCCCGGGAGCCCUCCUCAGUGCAGACCUUCCAUGGCUGCCUUUACCGGACCUCUCCAGACCCCGCGCAGCUGGGCGCGGCCUACAGCGUGGGGCUGGUGGUGGCCUGCUACUUGCUGCCCUUCCUGCUCAUGUGCUUCUGUCACUAUCACAUCUGCAAGACCGUUCGCCUGUCGGAUGUGCGCGUGAGGCCAAUGACCACCUACGCACGUGUGCUGCGUUUCUUCAGCGAGGUGCGCACUGCCACCACCGUGCUCAUCAUGAUUGUUUUCGUCAUCUGCUGCUGGGGCCCCUACUGCUUCCUGGUGCUGCUGGCCGCGACCCGGCAGGCCCAGGCCACGCAGGCCCCUUCUCUCCUCAACGUGGUGGCUGUCUGGUUAACCUGGGCCAAUGGGGCUAUCAACCCUGUCAUCUAUGCCAUUCGCAACCCCAACAUUUCCAUGCUUCUAGGGCGCAACCGCGAGGAGGGGUACCGGACUAGAAAUGUGGACGCUUUCCUACCCAGCCAGGGUCAGGGUUUGCAGGCCAGAAGCCGUAAUCGCCUUCGAAACCGCCUAGGGGCUUGCAGCAGGAUGUCCUCCUCCAACACCGCCAGUGGGGCCGGAGGUGACGUGGCCAUGUGGGCCCGCAAAAACCCAGUUGUGCUUUUCUGCAGGGAGGGACCACCAGAACCUGUGACAGCAAUAGCCAAACAGCCUAAAACUGAAGCCGGAGAUACUAGCCUCUAAAAAGGGCUGGGAUGGACAGCUUUUGAAGGCGAACUUCCACCCCUUCAUUUAAUGAUACAAGAUUCCAGGGAGAAUCAUGGAUUUCAUAAAGCCAAACAUUUAAAACUAAAGAGAGGGGGCGGGUUGCCACUUCCCCCCAAACAACAUAAAAACAAUGUCCCCUUCUUCAGAAAGUGCCAAAAGGAAUGUAAAAUGCAAAAAUUAAAACAAUCUUAAGCCACACAACCCAGCAUUGUGAACUUAAGUGCCAAAAAAAAAAAGACACAAAUAAAAUUCACAAUUACUGAAAAGCUCAUAUUACAGGAAUCACACUGUGAAACAAAGCAAAAAUCACUGAAUGCAACCAGUAUGUGUUCAAAUACAUAGUUUCAGGAUUGAAUGGAGACCCUCAGAGCUGCUUGAAGGCCCCUCUAUAUCACCAGCAUUGAACGAAAAUCUUUAGAUUCUAGAACUUGCACCUCUGACCAUGCUUAGGUGCUUAGGUUUGUGAGCAGAAAAUUCUUAUCCUUACAUAAAUUGGUGCACUUCUUUCCAUCCUUGUAAUCUUUGUGGGAAAUUUUAAAUUCAGAUCUUAUUUUGAAACCAUUUGGGGAUUCUGAAAAGUUGGAUUUUGAAAGUUGGUUAAUUACUACAUAAAACUUAACCAUCUGAAGGGCAAAUAGCAUAAAGAAAUAUGACUGUUCAAAAAGUAUUCCAAGAUUAUUCAUAAAAAUGACUCUCCCUUCCACCCUUCUUCCUGCCACCCCACCCAUCCCAAUUACCUGUCUUGGGAAAUUUGGAAGCUUACCCUUACUCUAACCUGCUACUCUCCUUUAUGAUAACUUUUAGGAUGCCAUUUUCAGAAGGCUUUCACAUUUUAAAAAGAUAAUAACUUUCAUAGUAGAAAAACCUUUUGUUUUUUGACAUUAAAUUUGAUUUUUUAGAUCCCACCCAAACUGUAAUUUGAAGUCAAAUUGAUUGAACAGGGUAAGUGAUGCUAUUAAGUACCAAGACUGGCUUUCCUAAAUGGCAUUUAACUAAUUGAAGAUAAUUCCAAAGAGAAAUUCUAAAAAUAGUUUGAGAAGUGGCCACAUUGUUGGAAUAAUCAACAGAGCUUUCAAGAGGUUCAUGCUCUCCUACAUUUUGGAAGUUGAGCAUAUCUUUUUUUUUUUCAAGUAGCUGAUUGCUGCUUUAUAGACAUGACCUGUUUAAAAUAUUGUUAUCUUUACCAAAAGGAAGAAUAGGUGUGAGACUACUAUAUGAAAGAGGGCAUUAAAAACAAAGGUGUAAAGUUGGAGAGGUACCUCAAGCAAAUUGCAGAUGUCUUCAGAAAUGUGAGCAUUGAGAUGCUUUUUACAAUAAUUCAAAAGCACAAUUUAGGAUUUGUCUAUGUGAAAUUUCUUAUAUUGAAUGUCACUGUACACAGAAUCAUUUGCUCAGAAUUUUAAAAGAUUUUUUUUCUGGUUUUUUCCCUCUUUCCUUCUCGCUACCCUGUUCCUCUUUUCUUCAAUAUUUCACAGCCUUAACUGAAUAAGAACCUGGUAUGAAAAGUCUUCAGGUCUCUAUGAAGAUUUCAAUAUGAAAUAGCCAGCAUUUUUUCUUGUAUUUAAAGUUGUUUAUUAGAAUUUAAGUCUUUGUGUGACUUUUGUAAUCAAAGAUGGAAAUACAUGAUUCCUGUUAGAGCAAAACAUGUUUUUUUUUUUUUUUCUGCUUCUCUGGGUAUCAUCACAAUCCAAAGUAUAUAAAUUAUCUGCAUACAUUUGCUACACUCAAUAUAGUACAAAGUAGAUGAGAUAAUCUCUCUAUUAUUUUCAUGAAAAAUAUAGCGUUAAUAGCACAGGGCUAACAUGUAACAUGCAUUGCCUGUUAAAGGUGGGGGAGGGGGUAUUUUGGCAUUGUGUGAAAAUGGAAGUAUUUUCUGGGAUUUAGGGAGAGAUGAUAAAGUCUUCCAGUUUUAAAACAUACCAUAGAAGAGGACUCAGCCAAUAUGAACAAAGAGCAGAAAGAAAGUGAGAGACCUUAGGAGGUGGCAUGGUGUAAAGUAGGGUUUUGUCUGAGAAGAAAGGAAAAAAAACAAGCAAACUCAAAUGUGAUGUGAAAUAAACCUUCCUGGUUAGUAAAGAGAAAAUCUAAGAUUGGACAUUCCAAGGUUAGCAUGAAAGACUUCAAGGAAGAAAAUUAAUUCCCCCUCCGUUUUCAGUAGAAGGGAGUUUUAAGGAAGGAGUGGCUUGUGAGUGAGACCACUCUGUUAGUGGCUCCAAGAAUCUUGGUUGGCAAUAGGGAGAAUGUUGCUAGUCAGUUACUGAACUAUUUAUAAUGUUGUGAGUGUUUAUUUUUUUCAUUUGAAGAUAUACAACUAUUGGUUGGCAGAACUCGAAUUUCACUACGGUCCUGGUUGGGACUUAAAGUACCGUGUUCCCUUGUCUACCUUCUGGUCCUCCUUGAAAGGCUACAUGCAGGGAAAGCAAGGAGGAGAACUUAUGUUUCCAUCAUCAUCAUCAGUUGCCGUUUCGUUUGCUACUCUAUGUAAGUCAGUUUCCUUGGUGCCAAGGCUACUAAGGGACAGAAAUCACAGUACCAGCAUGGGGACUGCUUACUGCCCAACUGAGGGUUUAGUGCUUUAUGAGAAUCAUCCCUAAUCAGGAUUCUUAAUUUACUUGUGGGAAAGAAAAGGUACAGCAUUUUCAGAAUAGGUUAUCAAAGAAAGGAGAUGAAUUUGUAAGCACAAGAUAUUCAGAUAAAGGUCAGCAAUAAAUCUGGUCCCA